UCAUAGGCGACAGGUUGGAGUCGACAAGGGUAGAAGUGGAUAGGUGAGGGAACUGUGGAAGAUGCAGAAGACGGGAACGUGUUCAACAUCAUUUUGUAAUUCAACGUUUGGCUUCACUUCUCUUCACCAUGGCAGCGGCAGCGCCAGCCACAGUAUUAAGCAGAAGAACACCGCUUUCUCUCUCUCAUUUCCUUUGAGGAGAACCAUUUUCGCUUCUUCCUUGGCUCCACUUUCCCAACAAACCCAUUUAACUUUUCUUUCAGUUUUCCCAAAUAAAGAUUCUAAUAAGUUUCGGGCUUCUGCUUUUAAUAAAGGAAAACAAGGCGGCACUACUCUCUACGAAAUGGACGGUUCUGACGAGGAGGAGGAGGAUGAAUUCUUUGAUUUUGAUGAUGGAUUGGACGGUGGUGAUGACGACUGCGAUGAGGGGAUGUUUCUUCCGUUUGGGAAAAUGAAGAAGUGGCUUGAGAACAAGCCUCGUGGGUUCGGUGAAGGGAAAGUAUAUGAUACUUCUAUUGAAGACAAGCUGCUUGAAGAAAUAGAGCAAAGCCGACAAGCGCAAGUUGUUAAUGUCAAUAAUCUCAAAAACAAUCCUGUCAAGUCUGGUUCCAAGAAAGUAGCUGAAGUUGUUCCAAGUGGAGUUCGGGUGAGGGUGGUCAACCUUCCUAAGAAAAAGAAUAUUCACAGGGAUUUGAAAGCUGCUUUCAAUGGGGUUUCUGGAAUAAUUGAUAUAUCUCCAGCUGUUUCUGGGAAUAAGAAGACCAAAGACCCUGUUUGCAAAGGUUUUGCCUUUGUUGAUUUCAAGCGUGAGGUGGAUGCAACUAGGUUUGUGCAAAAUUUUUCUGGACAUAAUAUAAUGUUUGGUAGGAUUCAGAAGCAAAUAAAAUGUGAGAUGAUGAAUUUGCUUUGCCAGAAUCCUGCUCAUGAAGAAUUGAGUGACAAGGAUUCCAUCACACCUGAAGUGGCAGUUCCUGGCUUGGGAGACUGUCCCAAUACUGAUUGUGAUAUGAACAUUUCUUGCUCGGAUUUAUCAUUUGAUGAUCAGGAUGAGGAGUUUGACAGGGUAGAACAAGGAGAAGGUAGAGAUAAUCUUAAUGUUAUUAGUGAAUCAGGGCCAAGUAAUGGUGAUGAGCGUGCAGCAGAUUCAACUUCCUCAAAUCAGCUAGAAAGAAUUAGGGCUCUUGAGCAAAAGCUACUUGCUAGAGGAAAACAUCAAGGAGUUCCAAAAGAGCAAAAGGGUCAAAAGCUAGAAAGAAUUGGGGGUAUUGAGAAAAAGCCACUUGCUAAAGGAAAGCAGCAAAAAGAUCCACAAGAGCAGAAGGUUCAAAAGCUCAACAUUCCAGGAUCUGCGAAGAGGUUAAAGAUUAAGGAGAAGGCUCUGCUAACAGGGGUCUUCUCCAAAUAUGGGUUGAAAACUGCUUUGACUUGGAAGGAAGAGUCGUAAUGGGCAAAUGUGUAGAUUAUUUGAUACUUGUUAUGCUAGAUGGAAGCAUAGUUGCGGUUUAGUACAGUCUAGCAUUUAGGUUUAAACUGCCCGCCGAUGCACGAAGCUUGUUAUUCAUGAAUACGUGUGACCCUCCAUGAACUUUGUAAUACAUUUCAAGGUGGAAUCAUUCAAUCUUCAGAAGCAUAUUAGGUUUCAAAUGGUCA